UUCCUUCUUGGAUUGUCAACUGACAGAUAAAUCAAAGAACAUAAAAAGUGAGGUUAUUUAUGUUUUCGUAAUGUAACUAAACAUCUUAUCAUAUUCAGUUUUUUUGUUACUCAUUCUAUUCUAUAAUCUUGUUUUCUCAUAAAUGACAAUUAAUUACAAAACUGUAUACUUGACAGUUUCAUUUUAUGUCAUGCGUAGGCUAUUCAUUUCUUCAAUUCUCAGCUCUUGUUUUUUGUCUAUCAUUUCAAUGUUUAUAACUUUGUGCCAAAAAUAGAUUGGAUCCAAUGACAAAUAAUACAAUUUUGAAGAGAAUGACUGUUUUUACAAACGUCUUUCUUUCUCAUUGAGCGAAUUUGAUUUGUAUUUUUGUGUUGAUUAGGAAAAGCUCGCGUUGAAAAUGGCGAUCAAUUAUAAAUUGCUGCCUGUCAAGGCACAUUUUUUCUUCUUUAUGGCUGGCAUGGGUCCUGUCCUGCCAUUUCUUCCAGUUUUCGGCAAACAGCUGGGCAUUUCUGAAGUGGUGAUGGGCAUAAUCACGUCGAUUCUGCCGAUCAUGUUUCUGCUUGCGAAACCGGUGUUCGGCUAUGCGUUCGACCUGUUUCGCGGCGCGCGCAAGGCGCUCUUUCUCGCCUUGCUCAUGAGCACUACUGUCUUCUUUGUCCUGCUCACUAGUCUGCCGCUGCCAGCCGAAAGUGAAACCAGGUGCAACGGAUAUCUCGUCUGCCAGAAUCAGACUUCCCUUUUGAACUUGACCACAUGCCAGGAUGUUUGCUCAGGUUCUGAGAACAGUUCGACUUGUGAGAACCUGUUCCCAGAAUGCAAGCAAUCGUGCAACUUCACCUGUUUACCAGUCUCACCGUCGGUGGAUCAUGGAGACAACACACAGUUCUACAAAGGCAUGAUAUUCUGGUUGUACGUGAUAUUCAUGAGUCUCGGGUCGAUUGGCUUCAAUGUAAUUAACAGUAUAUCGGACACCAUAUGCUUUGACGUUCUCGGCGAUGGCCAGGAAAAGAAGUACGGCAAACAGCGUGUGUGGGGCACAAUCGGGUUCGGCAUAUUCGCUCUUCUGGGUGGUUAUGCGGUCGAUGUGUAUUCUGGUGACAGCGGAAUCAAGGACUACACUCCCGCCUUCUCCAUUGCUCUUGUCUGCAUGAUCUGUGACGUCAUCUGCUGUUUCACUUUGAAGCUGCCGCCCCUGCCGCGAUCAGAGAACAUAGUGAAGGAUAUGGUGGAGUUAUCCAAGCAUCCUCACAUAGCCGUCUUUCUCGCCUUCACUGUCCUCGUUGGUAUCUGUGACAGCUUCAUUAUUUAUUAUCUAUUUUGGUUCCUUGAAGAUUUGGCCAUAGAGCACAACUACACGGAGAACAUAAAACUGCUUGAAGGCAUCACUAUUGCCGCUGAGACAUUGGGCGCCGAGGUCAUAUUCUUCAUUUUCUCUGGCAAAAUCCUGGCACGCAUCGGCUAUGGCUACUGCUUGAGCCUGUGCUUCUUCGCAUACGGCAUGCGUCUGGGUCUGCUGUCGUUGCUUAGCAACCCAUGGUGGGUGAUCCCCAUCGAGCUGGCGAUGCAGGGCCCCACCUACGCACUCACCUACACCACCAUUGUCGCCUAUGCCAGCGCCAUUUCGCCGCCUGGCACGUCCGCCACCACACAGGGCAUUGUUGCCGGUCUCGAUGAUGGCCUCGGUUAUGCGCUGGGCAGUCUAAGCGGUGGUUUCCUGUACAGGUGGCUAAAGGGCAACAACACUCUUCGUGUAUACAGUGCACUGGCCUUCGUUUGCAGCCUGGCACACACUGUGCUCUACCUCAUGUUCAGGCAUCCUUCACAGGCGGCUACAACCAAACCUAAAGGGGUAGAAGUCGAGUAUAAGAGUCCCGAGCUAGCCAAAGAAACUACUGUAUCUGCAUCUUGACAACUUAUUUCGAAAAUUAAUCUGAAUAUAACGAACAACGGCGUGAGACUAUAUCCAACUUCCUUAGCUGGUUUACAAAUCAUUAUUACAUCUACAUUAUUAUAGCUGCUUGAUAAAGCAGCUCAAUAUCAGAGAUGAUAUUUUACUGACAAAUUAUUAGAUGGUAUAUUAAGGAAUUAUUCUUUCUAUACAAUUUUCGUGCAAUAUAACAGCUAUUCCUAUUCCUCCACCUUCCCUUACCACACAUAACCUUGACAUUAGAGUAAAUUCCUACAGUCUAAUGAUGACAUGAUGACUUACAACAGGUCGAAACGAUCGUCACUACCAAUGUAAGUGCAUUUUCACUCCAUAAGUGUAUUUAUAAUUCAAGUUUAAUUUUAACAGUGGAAAAGUAUGGAUAUGCAACCAGG